CUCUCUCUCCCUCUCUCACUUUUGACUCUUGAGUUUCUUUUUUGACUCUUUGACCCCACAAUCACGUACAUUUAAAUUCCCAACCUCACCCUUAUUCGCAAAACCUCAACCAACAAAAUGCUCCGUUCACUCUUCACCUCCACCCUCACGCGCCUCUCCUCUCGCUGGCCAGUGCUAAUCUACGCCGCCUCGUGGACCACAGUCCUCAUUCUGACAGUGGCCGUGGCCUCCUUCUCGCCCGAGGUUGCUUUCGUGUCCGCCAUUUCGUCGACGUCUGAAUUCUCCCGCGUCUGCGGCUCAGAAGGGUCGAUCAGGAUUCCAUCGGACGUGCCGGGAGACGUCCUGUGCCUGCCGGCUCACCUGUUCAGCAAGUCCGCCAUCGAUUUCAUCGUGCCUCCUGUUUUCGCGGCGGCCGUGGUGGCUGCGUCGGCUUACCUGGUUAGAGCCGUGGGCUUGUGGGAGGCCGAUGAGGUCCCUUGAGUUGGGCCUGUUGGGCUUCGACUUACAAGUUUAGGUGUUUACUCUUUAUUUUUUUGUUACAAGGUUUCGAUUUAUUUUUUGCUACAAUUUUCAUCAUGUUUACUUGCACGGAAUGAAAAGUCAAAGAUUGAAGAAAAAUGAUAAGUUUAAUCAACUUAAUUCUUGA